UGUGUGUAUAUAUAUAUAUAUAUAUAUAUAUAUAUAUAUAUAUAUAUAUAUAUUUUUUCGUUCUACAUGUAUUUUGCUAUCAAUGUAUAUUAAUUUAAAAAUACAGUUAGAACGAAAUUACAUGUGUGUGUGUGUGUGUGUGUGUGUGUAUAUAUAUUUUUUUAUUUUUUCAUUUUAUUUUUUAACGUAUUUACAUAUUUGUUUUAUAUAUAAAUAUAUAAUGAUAAUUAUAUAUAUUUUGUCAAUAUCAUUGUAUGUGUACUUUGAUAUCUAUAUAUAUUAAAAUACACUUAGACAGUGUAUGUGUAUUUAUGUGUAUGUGUGUAUAUGUGUAUAAAUAUACUUAGAUCAUAUAUAUAAUAUCUAAGUAUAUUAUUUACUUUUACACUGUUUUUAACAUGUUUUAAAAAAAAAAAAAAAAAUUCAGACAGCAGGGGGAGUACCUGUCAUCACAGACACUCCCCCUGCUGACUUUGACAUGGACGGUUAUGCUAUCCAUGUGAUCGCGAGGUCCUCGCAAGGACCUUGUGAUCACAUGGCCCAGAGAGGCCGAAGAAGAAGGAGGGGGACUCCCUGGGCUCCCAGGUGAGUCCCCAUACCGCGAUCGCCGUCGACCGGGUAAGUACAUCGGACGGUUUGGGUGUUCUAUGCUGCCCUGCGGCGUUAAGAGCCGUUUCCUUAAGGACGGUAUAGAACACCCUGAGGUCUUAAGGGGUUAAGAUCAUUUAUAAACAUGUUAAAUAGAAGGGAUCCCAGAACAGAACCCUGAGGGACACCACUUGCCAUCUCUGACCAGCUUGAAAAUUUACCAUUGAUGACAACUCUUUCUACUUUAUUUUUAAGCCAAUGUUCUACCCAAGAAUAAGAAUCUUCAUCUAGACCGAUUUCUUUGAAAUUGUACACUACUCUAUUGUAUGGAACUGUAUCAAAUGCCUUGGCAAAAUCCAAAUAGAUCUACUGCAACACCAUGAUCUAUACUUCUACUUACUUCGUAAAAUGCAAUCAAGUUAGUUUGACAUGACCUGUGCAUCAUAAAGCCUGCUGAUAAUCACGUUCUUCUCAAUGAAUUCUUGCCUCCCUUUUUGAAUAUAGGAACCACAUCUGCAUUCCUCAAAUCCUCUGGAACACUUCCUGAAAAAAGAAUCUUGAAAGAUUAAAAACAGAGGUACACUUAGUUCCUUAAGUACUCGUGGAUGAACACAGUCAGGCCCUGGAGUUUUGUUUAUAUUAGCUCUGCAGCACCUAGUCUUGAGUUAGCCAAUUACAAUUUUUCUGCACGGAGGAGAAAUCGUUUUUUAAAAAAGACCUUUUCCUAGUCUUUAUUAAAGCGGUACUGUCAUGCCGAGCUUACCUUUCCCCGAAUCCUUCCUCUUCUCUCCCACUUUCAGGAUCUGUUCUUCAUUUCUUCCUGAUUGCUCUAGUUUUCUUACAAUCUCCCUUCUGCCAGUGGCUGCUCACUGUUGUAAAAAAAAGACCCCACAAAAUUCUAAUAAAGUGACCCUUAGUGGGGCACCUUUUAAAAAUAAUCCCCCCUUAGAUAAAAUGGGAGAGGGGGGAACCUACUGCCUCCCCCAGGCCCCCACCCUUGAGCAGCAGGUUGAGGUCAUUAACCCAUUAAGGACACGUGACAUGUCAUGAUUCCCUUUUAUUCCAGAAGUUUGGUCAUUAAGGGGUUAAAUACAAUAGAGGGGGACCUACUGCCUCCCCCUCCAGCCCCCACCCGUGAGCAGUGGGUGUGGGCCCAAAAUGACAAAAGGGGGACACACUCAUUGACCCCACUCCGACCCCUACCCAUGAGUGUCAGGUGGGUGCCCUAGUGAAAAUAGGAGGAAGGGGACUAUUGUCCCCCCUCAGCCCCCACCCAUGAGCGGUGGAUGGGGGCCCUGAAAUGCAAAGGGGGGAAAAACACUGCCGGCCCCCACCCAUAAUCAGUGGGUGGGGGCUCAAAAUGACUACGGGGGAACCUACUGCUUCUCCUCCCCUGGCCCCCACUCAUGAGCAUUGGGUAGGGGCCCUAAAUUACAAUAGGGGGUACCUACUGCCUCCUCCCCUCAGCCCCCACCCAUGGGUGGGGGCCCAAAAUGAUAAUGGAAAUGGACCUACUGCCUCCCCCCACCUGUGAGCAGCUGGGGGCCCUAGUGAAAAUAGGAGGGGUAGGGACCUAUUGGCCCCCACCCAUGUGCGGCAGGUGGAGACCCCAAAAUGCAACUGCCCCCCCCUCCUGGCCUCCAUCCAUGACCGGCGGAUGGGGGCCCUAGUGAAAAUAGGAGAGUGGGACCUUUUGUUCCCCCCCAGGUCCCCACCCAUGAGCGGCAGGUGGGGACCCAAGUAAAGAUAGGGGAGAGGACCUAUUGUCCAUCCACUCAGCCCCCAUCCAUGAGCAGCGGGUGGGUGCCCUAAAAUACUGUCUCCCCACCCAUGAACGGCGGGUGGGUGCCCUAAGAUAAAAUAGGGGGGGGGGGAAUCUACAGCUUCCCCCUGGCCCCCACCUAUGAGCAGUGGAUGGGGGCCCAAAAUGACAAUGGGGGAACCUACUGCUGUCCAUUAACAGCAGGUGGGGGCCCUAGUGACAAUAGUGGGGGGACCUAUUGCCCCCCCUCCCCCACCCAUGAGCAGUGGGUAGGGGCCCAAAAUGACAAUGGGGGGGUAUAUAUUGUGUCCCCCACACAUGGGUGGGGGCUAAAUGUAAAAGUAAUGCCCAACCCACAAGGUGACUAGGGGUCCCUAAGCCACUAGUCAACCCCCCCCACAAAUAAAAUUACUCCCUUCCCCCCUCGCCCUAAAAAUAGUGAAGGGGGAAUAAAAAGCUAAAUAUCUGUAAAUAAAAAAAAUAAAAAUAAUCAUACUUACCAUUAGAUGUCUUAUUUUUCCUCAAACCUUCUUUUUUCAGCCCUUUCCUUGCCCUGCGGAGCUCAGUCUGCGCGGUGCCCUCGCUGGGUGAAGUUGGAUUAUUUUUAUAUUUUUUGUGUCAGAAUUUUUUUUUUUCAUGUUUUUUCUUUAGCGUUCUGGAAUUUUGGAUUCUUAUUUGGCCUUUUUUGAAAAAAGAGGACAUUUGAUGGUUACCUUUUUUUUUUAUUUUUAUUUUUUAUUUACUGAUAUUUAGCUUUUUAUUCUCCCCUCACUAUUUUUAGGGUGAGGGGGUUAUGGAAGAAUUAACUUUAUUUGGGUGGGGCUGGAGGGGGAAGGCAGUAGGUUCCCCCCGCCGCUCAUGGGUUGUCCUGGGGGUUUGGGACAAUAGGUUUCCUCCCCUCCCACCCUCUAGUUUCACUAGGGCCCCCACCCGCUGCUCAUGGGUGGGGGAAAUAAAGGUCUUCCCCUCCUAUUUUCACUAGGGCCCCCACCCGCCAUAUAUGGGUGGGUGCUGGGGUGAGGCAGUAGGUCCCCCCCCAUUGGAUCUAAGGGGAGAUUAUUUUUAAUGGUGCCCCACUAAGGGGCAAUUUAUUAGAAUUUUAGGGGGCCACUGGCUGCUCACUGUCUAGUAUACAUGCCCCUACUCGCAGAAUAGCGAGUAGGGUCAAAAGGGAGAUUAUAAUCUCCCUUAAUUACUAAUACGAAGUAAUCUUUACUUGGUAUUCAUAAAAUUGGCUGAAAGACCAAUUUAAGUCUUUCAGCCUUUUAGUAGAUAGCUCCCUAAUUCCCACGGUAUUAGGGAGCUAUCUACUCACAGCACAAAUAUGAUCGGAAUUUUAUUAAUUCAAAUGAAAUUCCUAUCCGAACAAAAUCUCCUGAAUUGCAUCUGAAACACGAAUGGACAAACAGUUCUCAUUCUGUUAGGACAAAAUUCGGUAGUUUCGCCGGUGUUCGAACGGCAAAUGAAGAAACUUGAAGAGAGGUGAGUAUUGUGGGAAACUGCUUUGACCACAGGAAAUGGAGCAGACUUAGUGCCUCUCAUGGGUCAUAGUUGGUCAAGUGUAUGAAAAAUACAUAAGACAAGAUAGUCCCUAAUUUGUUUUGUGUUUGUUUGUGUUGUUUGUUUGUGUUGUUUGGAACAGAUCCUGAGACAGGGAGAGAAGAGGAAGUGAUUGGGGAAAGGUAAGUUCGGCAUGACAGUGCCGCUUUAACUAACACCCCUUCCCAGUAUUUAGUGUACCUACACUUUCAUUUUUAUUUAAAUUUUUUUUUUUUUAGAAUUAAUGUACUUAAAAAAUGCUUUGGGGUUGGUUUUGCUCUCUUUGGUUAUCAUUUUUUUUUCAUUUUGCAGUUUAGCAAAACUAAUCACCUUUUUGCACGCAUUAUUGGCUUCCUUAUAUCUUUUAUAGGAUGCCUCUGAUUUGUCAGAUUUAAAGGCUUGAAUCACCUUUUCUUAUUUUUAAUGUCUAGAUUCACUUUCCCACUAAGCCACAUUGUUUUCAAUUUGUUUCAUGUAUGUUUAUUACCCAGUGGUACAUACUGAGAAAUGUACCUUUCUAAUAUUUGUUGGAAGAUGUUCCAUUUAUCCUCAGUGUUCUUUUCACUAAAGAGUUUAUGCCAGUCAAUAUAUUGUAAAGCUGCCCUUAAAAUUGGCCUUUUUAAAAUUAUAUGUUUUAGUAUACCCCAUAUGCUUUUGUUUUGUUUUUUAGUUUAUUUCAAAGGACACUAUAUUAUGAUCACAAUUUCCCAAGUGCUCAACUACUUGAAUGUUGGUCAAAAGAUCAACAUUGUUAGAACCAGGUCCAGUCAAGCGUCCUUUACUAGUUGGUGCUUAAAAUAAAAAAUAAACAACUUUAUUGUACAAGUAAAACACAAAUAAAAGGGAUACCUUCUUGGUUACAAAGUAAAAAAAUCCUGAGGCUGGGGGCGUGGCAAAGACUCGCAUGGCGCUGGACGAAUAGAGCGAGAGCUCCUUCGGCACUUGGCAAUUUCAGCUUGAAUGCAAAUAAAGUCGGCACUGAAUCAGCCACACAAUGCCCAGAAGGUACUUACCUACAGGAUGGCAAGUAAAACGCUUCACAAAAAGAAGCACCGAGCACCAACACUGCAGAUCUCUGCCCUGUCACCGCCGAGCAAGUGCUCGCGAGCGCUCGCAAGAUGGCGCUGGCGAGGCAAGAUCACUAACAUCAGGCUCAGACAGAGCAAUCUCACCUUCAUUUUGCAAAAAUUGUAAUACCCGCGACGGACCCCUCGUUGUGCUCACACAGCUGGAAGACCUUAAAACUACCAUAAGGUCUGACUUCCAGAAGCUGGCCUCAGAUAUCACACAAGACCUACAAGCCAUAGGUGAGCGAAUGGCCCACCUGGAGGACAAAGCAGAAGAAAUCAUUGAGGCCCACAAUACACUGACCAAUGCUUAUACUGAUUUCUAGACACAAAGGUCACGGAUUUAGAGGACAGAGCCCGCUGGAACAACAUCAAACUGCGUGGCAUUCCAGAGGACAUCAAACAGCCCCAGCUGAGGAGCUUUAUAAAACACUGCUAUUCAAAACACUGCUUCCUGAGGCCACAGACCAAGAACUACAACUAGACAGAGCACAUAGGCUAAUGAAGUCCAGAAAUCUUCCAGCGGAUGUGUCGCAUGACACUAUAGUCAAGGAAAACUAUACCAUCAAAAAAAAGCCUCAUGCAAGCAACACGAGACCUGAAGAAACUGACAGGCGAGUUCACAGGCCUACAACUAUACACCCUGUUCCAAAUUAUUAUUCAAAUUAUAUUUUUCUCAUUUACCUAAAUAAUUGAUGUAAAUAACAGUCAGCAUAAUUCUUAUGUUAUCAACUAUUAAGAGUACAAUUCAAAUUUUAUUUAACAAACCUCCUAAUGAUAACAGUAUUUUUUUUUUUUUUUAAACAUAAUAAACUUACAAUGCACUGUUCCGGAGUUAUCAGUAGCUAACAAACACCCCCCUCACUGACACAUCAACAAAAAAAUCAAAGAAAUCAAAAACCAAUUCUCAGAACUAGAACUAACCAAAACGAACUUCUUACUACGCAGGCUAAAACAAACAGUUCGCUUUAUAACUUAAUAGAAGACCUCACCACAAUUGUUCCAACAGCACACUCCAUUGCACAAUUCCUAGACAAAAUUUGACUACUGCAAAUUACCGCAAAUUUGACUACCGGGACUUUGCGGUUCGGCAUUCUGAAGUUCAGCAAUUCGGUUCGGUUCUUAAUGUCCGAAAUUUGUCAGACUUUCCAUUUGGACCGAACCGCAUUGCACAUGUCUGCCGACCGCCUCCGAGUGGCUGAACACACAGGAGUGGAACAGGUUCGGUCUUUCAAAGAUUUCCCAAUUUUACGAAGGGGGAUCACUGAUCACAUUCCCAAUCCUUCAAGACAGAUACAAACUUCCAUCGAGAUUCACAUUUUUAUACUUGCAAAUUAAAAGUGCUAUAAUAAACUGUGUAGAUCAGAGCUACAAGACAUGCACACCAAAUGAGAUAGAAUUAAAUAAUUUGCUGAAUACACGUUGGGUCAAUCCACAGAAAUCUAAACAAUAUUCUAGAUUCUAGAUCCAGCUUCCCCAAACUCUGGCCAUCCAUAUGUUGCUGAACUACAACUCCCAUGAUUCUAUUAAUAAAAUAGGCUGAGAAUCAUGGCAUUUGUAGUUCAGCAACAUCUGGGGGGCCAGAGUUUGUGGAAGUCUGUUCUAGAUGCUAUAGAAUGCAAGUAGAUAUGCAAAGACCAAAUCCCCCUCCUUUCAUUUCUCAAUGGGAAAGGGAAAUGGGACAGAAGAUUACGCCAGAGAGGUGGAUAAAAUGUUUAAAUGCCUUUAAAAGGCAUGACCAAAUGUUUCUCACAUAGAGAAGCACACCGCAAACUGGUCUACCGCUGGUAUUUCAAGCAAGCCAGAUAGACUUAGUCACAUAUAUAGAGACUCCCCUGCUACCUGUUUGUGCUGCGGCACUUAAGGGGGAACAAUGUUCCACAUUUGGUGGGAAUGUUUGGGCAUACAGCCACUGUGGGUAUCAUAUAUAGCAUUAUCAGCUAGGGCUCUCAUAGCCUUACACUGGAAACCUGCUGUUUGCCCGACUGAAACCAUGCUUAGAGAAAACAUUUCCCUAAAUUAUACGCAUGUCUAUCAUAUCGACACAACAAUAACUUAAAGUAACCAAAAUCUGGGAAAAAUGGCGCAACAAAUGCAGGGAUCAGGUUGCCAUCACCUACACAGGGAAAUUAUCCUCCAAGUUAAGGAGAAUAAAAAAGAUGCAAAAAAGUCCCUGAAAUGUAAAAGUACAGGUCCCCCAACCCCAGAAACCUCCAGGUCCAUAGGUAUGGUAUAUUAUUGCCCAGAAAGAUGUCUGUUGUCGCGCUAUGUUCUUGAUAUGGAUAACUCAAAUAGAGGACCAAGACAAACGUCCUAUGACACAUGACUGACUAAUGCAUCAUGUUUUCUCUCUUUUCUUUUUGUAAACUUUCUUUGUUACUGUUAUACCUUGUUCAUUGCCGAUACAUAUCUGUAUAGCAACUGCUGUACUUCUUACUGUAUUAAUGUGAUUCACGGCCAGAUAUAAUGUUAAUCAACUGGUACUAGGCCUCGACCACCCCUAUGUACAAUCCUGUAAAUGCUAGGUCGUAUCUCUGUUGCUAACUUGUACAAUGUAUUGGCUUUCUGUUUAAAUAUCAAUAAAAUACAAUUAUAAAAAAAAAAUGUAAUCCUGAGGCUUAAAACUAGAGAGGGGGUGCCACCAAGUUGAUAUAAGAUCCAAAUAAUAAAUAACUUGCAUUACCCCUAAAUAUAUUGUAUAUCAGGCCUCCCAACUAUCCCGAGUUCAUCGAAACAGUCCCGAUUCCGGGGUGUGAUCCCACAUCUGGGGACACUGGGAAACUAUCCACAGGCAACUCUCUUAGGCCAAGGGUGCAAAUUUUGUUUUAGGGGGACUUUUUUGGAAUAUCAUUUUAGUCGUUUUUUUAAUUCUGUCAAUCAAGAAGAUUAAGGAAUAUAUGCUGGCAUGAGACAGUUCUACAGAUUUUCAUGGUUGCUAAAGGACAUUGUUUGCAGUUCAAUAAUACUCCUCAAUGUAAGCACAUUUCAACAUGCAUGAUCCUUGUUUGGUGUCCAGUAAUGUUCUCAGCUUCACAUGUUAUUAUCUGCACAGUAGAGUGAAGAUUGAACAAUGCUUAACAUAAAAAAAAACCAAAAAAAAAAACUGUAACAUGUUUGCUUGAUUAUAAGACAACCCCCACCCCCAAAUUUGGGAUCUUUUUGAAUACAAAAAAGAAAAGGUCUUAAUAUAAGACUGCCCUAUGGAAAAAUCAAAUGCACACUAACACAUACACAGACACACACACUGGCACAUAUGCAGAUACAAAGACACACAUGCAGAUCCACAGUAACACAGAAUGACACACAUGCAGAUACAAAGUCUCACACAUAGACACCUGCAGAUACAGACACACACAUGCAGAUACACACACACACACACACACACACACACACAUACCGUUAUUUGCCAAAUAUAUAUAUCUGCCACUACUGAUACCGAUAUUGCCGAUAAUAUGAGAGGUGGCGGUGGCCCAGCACACGCUGGACCAGCGCGUCCAUAAGGCAGCAUAGGCGGCUGUCUUUGGGUGCACCGGCUCUGCGGGCACAAGAAUCGAGUGACUACCAGAGAGGGGACAGGACCACUAAGGGGGGUACACACUAUAAAGGACAGGGAGGGAGAGAGGUGAUGGGAGAGGACCACUAAGGGACAGAAUGGGAAGGUGAGGGGAAAGGAACACUAAGGGACAGGGAAGGGAAGGGAUAAGUACACUAAGGGACAGGGAGGGGAAAGGAACACUAAAUAUUCUUGAAAACCAAAAAAAUAUCACUGGCAUGUAUAUUUAGUACAUUUACCACUUAAUAGAAAAAAGAUUUGCUAAAAAAAAAAAUUAAAUAAGCAUGUUCAGUAAACAGUAGAUUUGUGUAGAAAUUGAUUCUUUUUUCAAAACGAUAAAUGUACAGAUUAUCGGUAAGUUAUCAGCAAUUGGCCUAAAAGUUCACAGAUUAUCGGUAUCUGCUCUAAAAAGUCAAUAUCUGUUGAUCACUAGAGCACAGUGUAGAUUGGCUCCUCCCUGGUGAUAUUAAUCUUCUUCCUCUUGGACCACCCGGAUCAGUGCGCCCUUCGGGCACGAAUUAGCCAGCAAGGUGAGGGCGCUUACCACAUGGCCCUUCUUUGCCUGCUUGUCAUUCUCCUUCCAGAACAGCAUGUCUCUACGAGGAGAGUGGCUAGGGAAGGCAGGCUGCACUGCGCAUCGCCUGGAAUUUAGCUGGGAGCACUCACUACACUCCUCAGUGAUGGCUGCUAGCUCGUUGCCGCACCAAUGCAGCCUUGAAGACAGGAAAGCGCUUAAUAUAGAGUGAAAGUAUCCUCCUAUAACAGUGUGGACAUGAUAUAUACAGUAUAUGUACCAUGUACACUUUAUAUGUCUUGAUUAUAAGACCACUGCAAUUAUAAGACAGUCUUUUUUUCAGAAGUUUUUUUUUUUUUAAACUUAAAAUCGAGCAAUUACGGUAAUUUAAUUCAUGAAGUGCAUUUGGUAAUGAUGCUUAUAUUAGUUUUAAAUAAUAUGUAACUCGAAACAAACACACAUUUGGUGUAGUUCGGAGUGUUAUUAUGCUGGCGAAAUACAGGUGAUACUGUAAAAAUUAGAAUAUCGCGCAAAAGUUAAUUUAAUUCAGUAAUGCAGUGUAAAAGUGGAAACUAAUUGUGACAAAGUGCCCUUCGCCACUUGGUCCUAGAGAGGCCUGCUUGCCAGCCUCCUGCCCUGCGACUAUGACCCUUGGGAGAGUUUGCCCUUUAUAAACAUUAUUUGGGCACAUUGGAUUGUAACACACUAUUUAUACACCUUUAAUUCCAUGAGAAAAUGUGCCUCUUCCCCUCCCCCGUUUUGUCCCAUUGUUCUCCAGCAGGGCAUUGUCCCAGGGACACUGCCAAACCAGUUGGAACUAGCUGCUUUGUCCCUUCUCGGUCAAAAUAUUACUUCCACCUAUCUCCUGAACCACUUAACCGAUUCAAGUGAAUUUGGGAUAUGUUUGUCCCCAAAUUAUGCUGGUUAUAUUGAUAUCGCAUGUAAACUCACAAAGUUACAAAUAUGGCAUUAAAAGUAUGUUUGUUUGUUUUGUUUUUUUGUUUGGUUUUUUUUUGCUUGGCGAUAAUUGAGUUGAUACAGUAAUUAACUCCAUUCUCUCCCAAGCAGAGGGGAGGAUUCUCAUUGUAAAAAGUGGGUGUGCUUAUCCAUGUGCCUUUAUUUUAUUGGUUGUUAAAAUUACAGUUCCAGUGCCCCACAAGGUCCACAUUGGUGGUAACCUUGCUGGGAAAGUUGUAUAUAAGCGGGAAUAAAUGCUCAUUGGAGUCAGAUCUUCUUGACCCUCAACACGUAGUUUUGUCUCAUGAUUGGAGGGGACAGCUAUACUUGUAUACUCCCCAGAGCUUUAAUCACUUAGCUCUUCUAAGAGCUUGUUCCUGAUGCACUCUCCUGGAGGAGAAGUCUUUCCCACACGGUCUUGGAGGACAGAAGCUGAUCCAGGGUGGAAGGAAGACGGCAGGACUCCAGUUAAGCUACAGCGGUUGUGGAGUCUGCGGUGGUGUCCGGUGCGGUGCUAGUGGUCCUCGGCACAAGCUAGGAAGCGUCCAUCAACGGAAGGUACUCGGUCGGAGUACGGGGAAUUUCGUUACACUAAUAUAUGAGAUAGACGCAUUACAUGCAAAGCAAGAUGGUUCAAGCCAUGAUUUGUCAUAAGUGCGAUGAUUAUGGCUUACAGCUCAUGAAAACCCCAAAUCCACAAUCUUAGUAAAUUCGAAUAUUACAUGCAAUCAAUAAAACAAGGAGUGUACAUAAAACAAUAUCGGACCUCUGAAAAGUAUAAGCAUGCAUAUGGACUCAGUACUUGGUUUGGGCCCCUUUUGCAGCAAUUACUGCCUCAAUGCAGCCUGUUGCACUGCUGAGGUGUUAUGGAAGACCAGGAUGCUUCAAUAGCGGCCUUCAGCUCUUCUGCAUUGUUCGGUCUCGUGUCUCUCAUCUUUCUCUUGGCGUAGAUUCUCUAUGGGGUUCAGGUCAGGUGAGUUUGCUGGCCAAUCAAGCACAGUAAUUCCACGGUCAUUGAACCAGGCUUUGGAGCUUUUGGCAGUGUGGGCAGGUGCCAAGUCCUGCUUUAAAAUGAAGUCAGCAUCCCCAUAAAGCUCGUCUGCGGAAGGAAGCAUGAAGUGCUCCAAAAUCUCCUGGUAGACGGCUGCGUUGACCCUGGACUUAAUGAAGCACAGUGGACCAACACCAGCAGAUGACAUGGCUCCCCAAAUCAACACAGACUGUAGAAACUUCACACUGGACUUCAAGCAUCUUGCAGUGUGUGUGUGCCUCUCUAUUCUUCCUCCAGACUCUGGGUCCUUGGUUUCCAAAUGAGAUGCAAAAGUUGCUCUCUUCAGAAAAGAGGACUUUGGACCACUGUGCAACAGACCAGGUCUGUUUUUCUUUAGCCCAGGUAAGACGCUUCUGACGUUUGUUGUUCAGGAGCGCCUUGACAAGAGGAAUACGACAUCUGAAGCCCAUGUCCAGGAUCAGUCUGUGUGUGGUGGCUCUUGAUGCACUGACUCCAGCCCAGUCCACUCCUUGUGAAAGUCCCCAACACUUUUGAAUGGCCUUUUCCUGACAAUCCUCUCCAGGCUACGGUAAUCCCUGCUGUUUGUGCACUUUUUUCUUGCACACUUUUCCCUUCCACAUAACUUUCUAUUAAUGGGCUUUGAUACAGCACUUUGGAAACAUCCAACUUCCUUCGCAAUUACCUUUUGAGGCUUUCCCUCCUUAUGGAGGGUGUCAAUGAUGGUUUCCUGCACAACUGUCAGGUCAGCAGUCUUCCCCAUGAAUGUGAUUCCUACUGAACCAGACUGGGAGACCAUGUAAAGGCUCAGAAACCCCUUUUCUGGUGUUAUGGGUUACUUAGCUGAUUAGAGUGGGACACUAUGAGCCUAGAAUAAUGAACCUUUUCACAAUAUUCUAAUUUACUGAGAUUGUGGAUUUGGGGUUUUCAUGAGCUGUAAGCCAUCAUCGCACUUAUGACAAAUCACGGCUUGAACUAUCUUGCUUUUCAUGUAAUGCGUCUAUCUCAUAUAUUAGUUUCCCCUUUUACGUUGCAUUACUGAAAUAAAUGAACUUUUGCACCAUAUUCUAAUUUUCCGAGGAUCACCUGUAGAUACAAAUUAAGAACCUAUGUGUAGAAUUCAAAGCAUUAGAGGUCUCGUGAUUUUAUUAGGUUUUUUUUUUCCUUACACAGUUUGUACAUGCUAUCAUAUUAAGAUGUGUUCAAAUAUGUGAUCAUGUAAUGCUAAACCCAUGAAAAUGAUUAUUUCUGUUUUAGUGAUUCCCUACCUAAUUUUUAGAAAAGAGAACAGUUAACUUUUAUAUAUUGCAUACAUAAAAGUGAUAAACUAAAUAGGCAGUGUUUCUGCUUGAAGCACUGCACAUACAGAAUAAUCUACACUUUUGCACCAUGGGCUAGUUGCACCCCUGCACAAGUGAUUUUUGCAGAUCUGUUUGUGUCAAUUCCGUGCAUAAAUUACAUCUGUUGUCCGCAUUCUAUCCCUGCAGGCAGUGUUUAGAGCGUGUCUGCAAGGGGAAGCUGACAGCUCAUGAAAACCCCAAAUCCACAAUCUUAGUAAAUAAGAAUAUUACAUGCAAUCAAUAAAACAAGGAGUGUACAUAGAACAAUAUCAGACCUCUGAAAAGUAUAAGCAUGCAUAUGGACUCAGUACUUGGUUUGGGCCCCUUUUGCAGCAAUUACUGCCUUAAUGCAAAAGCAUUAGAGGUCUUGUGAUUUUAUUAGGUUUUUGUUUUUUUCCCUUACCUGGUUUGUACAUGCUAUCAUAUUAAGAUGUGUUCAAAUAUGUGAUCAUGUAAUGCUAAACCCAUGAAAAUGAUUAUUUCUGUUUUAGUGAUUCCCUACCUAAUUUUUAGAAAAUUUACAUCCAUACUCUCCUUCCUCCAUGACAAUAUAUCAUCAGGUUUGUUUAAUACAUGAAAACCCUCCCUUUGUCCAUCACUAGCAUAUGCCAGCUGAGACAGGGAAGAUGGUCCAAUCAAAUGCUUGCCUGAAAAGCAUGUGAUUGGACCUCAGAGUGACAAGGCAAGAGUCAUGAUGAGGAGUGGAGAACCUCACCCAGAGUUGGAUUCAAGGUGAGUUUAAAGUAAAAGUAUACAAACCUGUAUUGCGAAUAUUAUAGUGCUGGAAUAGCAGUUUAGCCUCUCCCCCCUCCCGUCAGAGUGUUGAAAGGAACACUAUAGGGUUAGGAACACAAACAUGUAUUCUGAUUAUACUCAACAGAACAACUACAUUAAGCUAAGCUGUAGUUGUUCUGGUGACUAUAGUGUCCAUUUAAACGUCUCUUUUCUCAAUCACCUUGCUGCUCUCGACAUGGCUGGUCCUGCCACCAGUCUUGAUGAUCUCAGCCAAUCUAAGGCUUUCCCAUAGGAAAGCAUUGGGAGGCUAUUGUACAUGCGCGGCACAACGUUGCACUGUCCCAAUGCAUCUCUAUGGGGAAUGUUCAGCGUCUCCAAACUGAACAACAGUGACACAGCAGCACUGACACAGUAAGCACCUAGUUGUCUGAAUGACUGCCACUAGAGGUGUUACAAGGCAAUAAUGUAAACACUGCCUUUUCUCUUAAAAAGCCUACAGGGGCAUGCUAUAUAUUCCAGAACAACUACAUUAAGCUGUAGUUGUUCUGGUGAUUAUAAUGUUCAUUUAAGCCAUUUAUUGCUAACAUGUAUGCCAGGAAAAUUGAUCUGUCUGAUCUGAGUUACGCCAGUUUGCAAGAUGUAAUGGUAAAUAUCACAGUUCUUUAAAAUGACUUCAAAGUGUAACUGAUUUCAACAGCAAUGUGAUUAUUCACGCUACUUUGAAACACAGCAUACAAAAAACAAAAAAAAAGAACGAACAACCUGCAUGUCAAUUUACAAAUCGCUUUUGCGUAUAAUUUGGGUUUAGGACAACAUUCAUGUUCUAGUACUCAAAGUGUUUGGUAAGGAAGCCAUUAUUAUUUGAAAAUGUAUGUUUCUACACCCAUAUACUUCUCAGCUGUUGUGCUUUAGGCAUGUCAUUCACAGAUUCUUGUCCCUAGGACGUUUAUCCCAUGCAAGAGUACUACAGCAAUGGGCAGCCGUGAGUGCAACUUGCUAGCAAGGGGGCCAGGCAGAUGGCAAGAUGUGUUAUGUUUAUGGCACUGCCCCCAUUUUAAGAGAUGUGCUGGAUUCCGGUAUGUUGGCAAGGAGAGUGGCUUUACAUAUACUAAAAGGCAUAAUAUAGUGCCAGGAAUACACUGCACUAUCACUUCCUUGCCUCCCACUUCCCUCGCGCCCUCACCCCCCACCAACAUGAAUAAAGGGUUAAAAGCCCUUUAUUUACUUACCUGAUCCCAGCACUGAUGUCCCUCGGCGCUGGGUCGAUGAUCCGCUCUCUGACGUCCCGCAACGAGCAGGCACUAAUGUGCAUGUGCGGCAAAAGCCGCGUGUGCAUUAAGAUCUCCCCAUUGGAAAGCAUUAAGGACUUCCAGCAUCAGAUACCGGACCAAAGGUCCAUUUCAAUCCAGGAAGCUAUAUGGGAGACAGCCACAGGAGGUAGACUUAGUACUGCAAUGUUUUACAUCGCAGCACUAAGUGCAAAAAGGGACAUUGCUCCCAGACCACUUCACUGAGCUAAAGUGGUCUGGAUGCCUAUAGUGUUCCUUAAAAAAAAAAAAAAUUGUCUACUAAGUCUGUGCUAGUUUUACUUUUACACUUUUCAAUUUUUAUUUUUUAAAUCGUUCUUUGCUUACUCAAGCUGCAAUAUUAACUACUAUAACACUCAUCAGCAAUUCCUAUUAAAAUUUCUGUAUGUUUUUUUUCUUUUUGCAGAGCACAACUGCAUUCGGGAAUAGUGUGGCUAUUUUGCAUUCAGAUACGCCUGAAAUCUAUAUUGACUUUUUUUUUUUAAGGUAUAUUGUAAAUGCAACAUUUUUAGAAACUAUUUAAAGAAGUGCCAUGAGGACACUAGUUAAAAAUUCAUCAAAUAAAACAUGUUUCACAUUGUGUUGAUUUACAAAAAUACGAAUUUUGUACUGUAUAUUCUAUUAUUUUCACUAUUAUAAAUAACUUAAACUUUGAAAUCAUUUAUCAUGUAAGAAAGGUUCAAUAUGCAAAUAUUUUAAACAGGUAUAUAUUGUGUUAGUGUACUUAAAUGAUUUUACAAAUCCCAUAUGAAGAAAGCAAUAAGCAUAGAUUAUUGCUGUACGUGUUCUAUACAGGGAGUGCAGAAUUAUUAGGCAAAUGAGUAUUUUGACCACAUCAUCCUCUUUAUGCAUGUUGUCUUACUCCAAGCUGUAUAGGCUCGAAAGCCUACUACCAAUUAAGCAUAUUAGGUGAUGUGCAUCUCUGUAAUGAGAAGGGUGUGGUCUAAUGACAUCAACACCCUAUAUCAGGUGUGCAUAAUUAUUAGGCAACUUCCUUUCCUUUGGCAAAAUGUGUCAAAAGAAGGACUUGACAGGCUCAGAAAAGUCAAAAAUAGUGAGAUAUCUUGCAGAGGGAUGCAGCACUCUUAAAAUUGCAAAGCUUCUGAAGCGUGAUCAUCGAACAAUCAAGUGUUUCAUUCAAAAUAGUCAACAGGGUCACAAGAAGCGUGUGGAAAAACCAAGGCGCAAAAUAACUGCCCAUGAACUGAGAAAAGUCAAGCGUGCAGCUGCCACGAUGCCACUUGCCACCAGUUUGGCCAUAUUUCAGAGCUGCAACAUCACUGGAGUGCCCAAAAGCACAAAGUGUGCAAUACUCAGAGACAUGGCCAAGGUAAGAAAGGCUGAAAGAUGACCACCACUGAACAAGACACACAAGCUGAAAUGUCAAGACUGGGCCAAGAAAUAUCUCAAGACUGAUUUUUCUAAGGUUUUAUGGACUGAUGAAAUGAGAGUGAGUCUUGAUGGGCCAGAUGGAUGGGCCCGUGGCUGGAUUGGUAAGGGCAGAGAGCUCCAGUCCGACUCAGACGCCAGCAAGGUGGAGGUGGAGUACUGGUUUGGGCUGGUAUCAUCAAAGAUGAGCUUGUGGGCCUUUUCGGGUUGAGGAUGGAGUCAAGCUCAACUCCCAGUCCUACUGCCAGUUCCUGGAAGACACCUUCUUCAAGCAGUGGUACAGGAAGAAGUCUGCAUCCUUCAAGAAAAACAUGAUUUUCAUGCAGGACAAUGCUCCAUCACACGCGUCCAAGUACUCCACAGCGUGGCUGGCAAGAAAGGGUAUCAAAGAAGAAAAUCUAAUGACAUGGCCUCCUUGUUCACCUGAUCUGAACCCCAUUGAGAACCUGUGGUCCAUCAUCAAAUGUGAGAUUUAUAAGGAGGGAAAACAGUACACCUCUCUGAACAGUGUCUGGGAGGCUGUGGUUGCUGCUGCACGCAAUGUUGAUGGUGAACAGAUUAAAACACUGACAGAAUCCAUGGAUGGCAGGCUUUUGAGUGUCCUUGCAAAGAAAGGUGGCUAUAUUGGUCACUGAUUUGUUUUUGUUUUGUUUUUGAAUGUCAGAAACGUAUAUUUGUGAAUGUUGAGAUGUUAUAUUGGUUUCACUGGUAAUAAUAAAUAAUUGAAAUGGGUAUAUAUUUGUUUUUUGUUAAGUUGCCUAAUAAUUAUGUACAGUAAUAGUCACCUGCACACACAGAUAUCCCCCUAACAUAGCUAAAACUAAAAACAAACUAAAAACUACUUCCAAAAAUAUUCAGCUUUGAUAUUAAUGAGUUUUUUGGGUUCAUUGAGAACAUGGUUGUUGUUCAAUAAUAAAAUUAAUCCUCAAAAAUACAACUUGCCUAAUAAUUCUGCACUCCCUGUAGAUUAAUCUCCCCACACAUGGGCAAUGGCUUACUGAUAUCCCACUUAAGAAUUAAAGUAACCAGUCAGCUUGCAUCCGUUCGACUUCAUCUUAAUCAAGUAAUAUUAGGUGGGCCGUUGAGGCACUUAACUCUGCUUUUAAUCUGGUAAUGGUAUGAUUGUCAUGUAACAUGACAGACCAUUCUUUUCAAAACCACAUUGCUUUAAUGAAAGAUUUGUUUUUAAGUGUAGGUUUGUUGUGUUCUUCUGUUAUUUGGUGUGUGUGUGUGUAUAUAUAAUUCUUUCAUAGUUAUAAUUUUAUUAGAUUUAAUAAUGUUUAUUAGGGCCCUGCUCAAUGAGCGUACAUGCUAGAGGGAGUGGGGUAAAGUGACACAAAAGGUAAGAGUAGGAGUAGAGAAGUAGAUUGGUAGAUUCGCAUUGUGGGCUGUUUGGGUUUUUGUUUUUGUUUUGGUUUUUUUUUAUGACCAUUGCAGGAGAGGAAUCAGUUGGGAGCCAUUAAAAGUUUACUUGAUUUUUUUUGAAGGAGUGGAGACUGGGUGAGCAUCAAAUGGAAAUGGGAAGGGAGUUUUACAGGAAUGGUGCAGCCCUAGAGAAGUCUUGAAGGCAAGUAUCAGAGGUGGGAGUACGAACAGAGGAUAGACGUAGGUCUUCAGCAGAGCAUAGGGGCCUAGAUGGGACAUACUUGUGUAUUGGGGAGAAUAAGGUGGGGAGUAGCAUUAUGUAAAGAUUUUAAAGCAAGAACCAGAAUUUUAAAUUGAGCCCUAUAUCUUAUGGGAACCCAAUGCAGAAGCACAAUAGUAAUUUUUGAUUACCAUGUAACAUGGGGGAUAUUUAUUUUGAUGCCAUCUGGAAAUAACAUACAUCAAACUACUAAAUUCAUUGAAAAUAAAUCUUGUUUAUGGAAAAUAAAUAAAAUAGAAAGCAUAUUUAAAAAAAAAUAAUUUAAAAUAUUGUAUUCUUUCAAAGAAUGAAAAUAUCUCCAUGUUUGUGAAUUUUAUUAUAUUGCUUUCCUUUUAGUUCUAAUUACAAAGGUUUUGAUGAUUUUAUGGUCAUCUCUGAUCUUGAUCAUGUUUAAACUAGCAGUACAUUUGUCUUUUCUCUUUUGUUUUUUAUAGGUAUACACAAUAUUCCUAAUGUCUUCAACAAUUCCUUCACAUUCUGGGGAUAAAAAAACAGUAGCAUCAGAAGUACCAUUUGCUGAUCUUUGUUCUACUUUGGAAAAAAUUCAAAAAUCCAAGAGCCGAGCUGACAAAAGCAAAGUUUUUAAACAGUUUGUUGAUUCAUGGAGAAAAUUUCAUGGUGCCCUUCAUAAAAAUAAUCCACAAACUACAGAUUCUUUUUAUCCAGCCAUGAGACUUAUUCUUCCACAACUCGAGAGAGAACGAAUGGCUUAUGGCAUCAAAGAAACAAUGCUUGCUAAGCUAUAUAUUAAAGUACUUGGAUUGCCAAAGGAUGGUAAAGAUGCUUUGAAACUUUUAAAUUACAGAACACCUGCAGGUUCACAUGGGGAUGCUGGGGAUUUUGCUGCAAUUGCGUACUUUGUACUAAAAUCCCGUUGUACAAAGGAUGGUGAUUUGUCCAUAAAGGAAGUAAAUGAUCAUUUAGACCUGAUUGCAAGCAAUAAUGCAGCAAAAAAGAAAGAACAAAUUGAAAGAAGCCUACUUCAUUUGAUUGCUCACACCACUUCCCUGGAACAGAAAUGGCUUAUCAGAAUGAUUAUAAAGGAUAUGAAACUUGGUUUGAGCCAGCAAACAAUAUUCUCUGUCUUCCACAAGGAUGCUUUGGAGCUCCACAAUGUCACCACUGAUCUUGAAAAAGUAUGCCAUCAGCUACAUGACCCUUCUGUCUGUCUUAGUGAUGUUUCCAUUUCACUGUUUUCUGCUUUUAAGCCAAUGCUUGCUGCAAUUGCAAAUAUACAGCAGAUAGAAAAGCAAAUGAACCAACAGAGUUUCUAUAUUGAGACAAAGCUGGAUGGUGAGCGAAUGCAAAUGCAUAAAGAUGGAGAUGUAUAUAAAUAUUUCUCCCGGAAUGGAUUUGAUUACACACCACAGUUUGGUGCAACACCUCUUGAAGGUUCUUUGACUCCAUUUAUUCAUAAUGUAUUUAGAUUAGAUGUUCAAAACUGCAUACUUGAUGGGGAGAUGAUGGCUUACAAUCCAAAUACUCAAACAUUCAUGCAAAAAGGAAGCAAAUUUGACAUAAAGAAGAUGGUAGAUGAUUCUGAACUGCAAACAUGCUUCUGCAUUUUUGAUGUUUUAAUGUUUAAUGAUAAAAAACUAGCACAUGAACCACUGAGAAAACGACAUGAUACCCUCCAUGAAAUAUUUACCCCAGUUAAGGGCAGAAUUCAUAUUGUUGAAAAGAAAGAAGCCAGUACAAAAAAGCAUGUGGUAGAUGCACUUAAUGAAGCAAUUGAUAACCGGGAAGAAGGAAUUAUGAUUAAAGACCCCAUGUCUAUAUACAAGCCAGAUAAACGUGGAGAAGGAUGGUUAAAAAUUAAGCCAGAGUAUGUGAAUGGUUUAAUGGAUGAGCUGGACCUCCUAAUCAUUGGAGGUUAUUGGGGAAAGGGAUUACGUGGUGGUAUGAUGUCUCAUUUCCUAUGUGCUGUUGCAGAAACCCCACAACCAGGUGAAAAGCCAUCAGUUUUUCACUCACUCUGUCGUGUUGGCUCUGGUUAUACAAUGAAAGAGUUGUAUGACCUUGGUUUAAAGCUUGCUCCACACUGGAAGCCAUAUCGAAAAAGAGACCCCCCUGUUAAUAUCCUUUGUGGAAAUGAAAAACCUGAAGUGUACAUACAACCGUGUAACUCUGUCAUUGUACAAAUAAAAGCAGCAGAGAUUGUGGCGAGUGAUAUGUACAAAACAAGUUGCACUCUUCGUUUUCCACGCAUUGAAAAAAUAAGAGAUGACAAAGAGUGGUUUGAUUGCAUGACUCUUGAUGACUUAGAGCAAUUCAGGGAAAAGGCCUCUGGGAAAUUGGCUUCAAAACACCUGAAUAUUGAUGACGAGCCUCAGAGUAAGAAGAGGAAAACUGCAACCAAGAUCAAAAAAGUAAUUGGUAUUGUUUCACAUCUAAAAGCACCUGAUCUUACUACCGUUCAUAAACAAUCCACAAUGUUUGAAGAUGUAGAAUUUUGUGUGAUGAGUGGAACAGAUGAACAUUCAAAAAGUGAUCUAGAAACCAAAAUUGCUUCAUGUGGGGGUAUUGUGGUUCAAAAUCCAGGUCAGGAUACAUAUUGUGUUAUUGCAGGAACUAUCAAUGUAAGAGUAAAAAAUAUUAUUUCUUCAGAUAAACAUGAUGUUGUUAGAGCAACAUGGCUAAUAGAGUGCUUUAGUAAGAAAACAUUUGUACCCUGGCAGCCUCACCAUAUGAUACAUAUGUGCCCAUCUACCAAAGAACACUUUGCAUGUGAGUAUGACUCUUACGGCGACAGCUACAUUAUGGACACUAAUGAGGAAGAACUGAAGGAUGUUUUUAACAGGAUGUCUUAUAUUGAAGAGAAAGUACCCCUGGACAUGAUUGCUGAUUUAGAACAUCGAUACUCAUGGGACAACUCUUCGAAUAUAUUUCGACACUGUGUCAUAUAUGUAGAUUAUUUUGCCAUAGUUAAUGAUCCAAACACCAAAAUAGACUCAUCCAGUUUAGCAAUAAGAGCACUACAGCUACGCUUCCAUGGAGCAAAAGUCAAAAACCAUCUUAAUGAAGGACUGUCACAUGUAUUAGUUGGUGAUGAUUUAACUCGCCUGGGAGAAAUUAAAAUCACAAGAAGAACUUUUGAAAGAAAGUUUAAAAUUGUGUCACAGUCAUGGGUACUGGACUCGUUAAAUAUGGGAACACUCCAGGAAGAAUACAAAUAUUUAAUGUAAAAUUUCAUACUUUUAAAUGUUUUUAACUUGUUUUUAUUGUAUUUUGUAUUUUUUUUUUCUUCUCUAUUUUGGUGCUUUUAAUUUUUAGCAUAUUAGUAAAUGUUUUACUCUUUGUUGAUUUAUUUCUCUGUGGGGAGAGCUGCAUUUUGCUUGCAGAAUUAGUGUAUGCUGUUUUAAACUGGUAUCCAUGGUAUCUUUUCAAGCACUUUUGAGAAACUAAACUUUCUUGUUAUCUGGUUGUGUGUCAAAAAUAUAAUAUGUUUAUAAAUCUACUUUUAAAACGUUACAUUUUUAAUCCUGAUUUAAU